AUGUGUGACACAACAAUCUCCUGUGAUCACAAUACCAAAAACUUUGUUGAAAGUUUUAAUGCUUGCACCAAAGCUCACAGAGAUUUACCUGUGCUGAAUCUACUUGAAGCCAUUAGAGUUUGGUCCAUGAAGAUAAUCGGUGCAAGGUUUGACAAUGCCAUUGACAUGGAGUCAGGGCAGUUGAGUGAUUAUGCUACAAAGGUCCUUGAAACCAGGAGUGGGGAAUCAAGGUUCUGUCAUGCUACACCAUGUGGAGGAGGAGAGUUUGAAGUGACAGAUGAGCAUGUCAAUUUUCCAACCAAUUUGGCAAGGCUCAGUUGUGGCUGUGGCAAGUGGCAAGGUUGUGGGAUCCCUUGCAAGCAUGCCUUGAGGGUCAUGUACAAUCAGAGGAUUGACCCUAUUGAGUAUGUUUCUGAUUAUUAUAAGGGUGCUGCUUACAAGGCCACCUAUGGUCACCACAUUCAUCCCAUGGCUGAUUCUUCUCAGUGGCCAGAUUAUAAUCUACCUCACAUUCACCCUCCAAACAGGAAGAGAGGUGCUGGCAGACCUCCAAAGCAGAGGAAAAGAGGAGUGAAUGAAGCAAAGAAGGCCAAGAGGCACAACUCUGUUAAAUGCAGCAAGUGCAAGCAUCUGGACCGCAAUGCAAGAACAUGUGGCAGAGGUGAUAAAGGUCAAAAGAGAGCUGCUGCCACUGGGACUAGUACUUCCAAGGCACAGAAGAGAGCUAGGAAGGCCACCUAA